AUGUCGCUGACAAUCGUGCCCGGGCUCCCUAACGGGACGCUGAUUUGCUGCAAACAAUACAAAGGAAAGACGUUCUACGGCACUAGUCUCGGAGAUUUGCUUUUUGUCGAAGAGGAUGGCCUGGGCGAAUGUCUUGCUAGCGGGGCGCCUUCCACAAAACGCCUCAAAUUUAAUUCGCCAAUUUUGAAAAUAGAUGCUUCCCAAGCUGGACUUGAGACAAACCUAUUGCUUUCAACGAAGAACGGGCUUUAUUUAACCCAGUUGCCGGAGCUUGGGUCGUUGCUUCGAGCUCCGAAAACGACUCCGCUAAAAACUGUUGCCGAUUGUAUUUCGAUUCAGAAGAGUUGCUUUACCUGGUGCUCGGCGCAGGUGAUUUACUAUGGAGAAUUGACUUCCGCUGGAUUUCGGAGUCGAAAACUUUCCCAUGUCAAAUCUCAUGUUGUUCAAUUGGAGAUGAACCUGUCUUAUGAUAUUCUUAUCUGUACAAAUGAAUCUAUUCUCCUCUCAAAAAGAAAUGAGCCUGUUGAAAUCAUCGCCGAAGUGCCUCAAUUCUCCGCCACAAUCACCGGAGCCUGUUUCGAUCGCAGCGCUAAUGUCAUUUUCACCGACACAAGCGGUUGUAUCAGAAUGAUAAACCAAGAAGGCGACGCACUCUGGGAAACAACAAUGGGUUAUCAGUCUGGAUUUCGACCAGGCAAUCUCCUCUAUCUUUCUACACGUAUUCUAUCCCACACGAAAUCAUCCCUUUGCGCUGUAAACAUUCUUGAAUCAGACCAUUCACCAGUACUCUACAGUAUCUCAGGGUCAGUCCAGAACGUGAGCGGCUACGGUGGCUCCGAAUUUAUCGUUAUUUCUGGUGGAAAGGCGAUGAAAUCAAUCGCCGCUCGGAAAUCUGUCCAUCGACCGGAACCCAAGCCCAGAAUCGAAGAAUCAGAAACGGUCGAUUUGGAUAAAGCUUUCAGUGCUGCGCGCGGCUUUUUCUCGCAGAUCAAGAGACAGGUUUCCAAAUCGAAACAGCCUGUGUUCAAUAAAGUCAAGCAAGUGACAGAGAGCUUAUCGCGCGAGAUACGACGAGAGAUUUUCGACGAUGAGAUUUUCAUCAAUGAGAGCACCGAAAAAGACGAGAAAGCGGGGCAAAUCAAUGAGGGCGAAAAAGAGCGUUCAAAGUUGAACACUCCCAGUCCCACCCCGCUAGACACAGACACACUUAUCAUCGAACGUAAAAUAAAACCGCAAAUCAAGAAGAAAAAGAAAGAGAAAAACGAUAUUCCCUGCAUUCCUCCGCACGAGAGCCCUGUUUCCCAAGACGCAGAGAAACAAUUACCGAUUAUUGGAAAAUCGACGACAGAUAUUAACCAGAGAGAAAUAAACGCACAAGAGAUUGCCGAAGCAAUAAACAAAGCCUGUUUUAAGGUUGACGAAGAAAACUCAACAGAAAGUUCCACUUCAAGCCAAUCACAAUUCACGAUCCCAAUUAUAACUUCCGCACUUUCAACUUCCUCACUGUCUACUCCCAAGUCUUCCUCACCUUCCAACUCUUGGAUCAUCAUCGACGACGAGCAACCUGCAGCGGCCGAAUCCUCCUCACCUUCCGAUUACGAUGAAGUCAUCAAUUCGUGCUACGACGAAAUCUAA